AUGCCGGGGUUGCCAUCCUGGCACCACAAACCCAUCGCAAUAGAUCUGCCCGGCUACGGGGAUUCGCCCCCAGUGGAGACAUUAGUGACAGCACAGGGCAGAGUGGCUUUCCUGGACCAUGUUCUCCAGGAGCUGGGCAUGCGGAGGCCCGUUCUUGUGAGCCCCUCCAUGAGUGGCCGCUUUUCCCUGCCCUUCCUGCUGAAGCAUGGAGACUGGCUGUCCGGCUUCGUGCCCAUUGCGCCCGUGGGCACCAAGGACUACACUGCUGAGCAGUACCGGCGGGUCCAGACGCCCACCCUGAUCCUGUAUGGUGACCGCGACACAGGCCUGGCUCCCCAGGCCCUGCAGAACCUCCAGCAUCUCCCUGAGCACCAUGUAGUCAUCCUGCCUGGUGCUGGCCAUGCCUGCUACCUGGACAAGCCUGAGGACUUCCACCGGGCUCUGCUGGGCUUCCUGCACCAGCUGAAGUGAGCACCACCUCCUCCCUGCCGAGCAGAGGACAGGGGCUGGGGCAUCCGAGGGACUGGGAGGCACACACAGCUGGUGUGAGGGGUGCUGCUCCCUGUUGGGGUGGCCCCAGGGUGGCAGGGGUGGGGACUCGAGGUGUCCCUCGCUGGCAGGACAGAGUGUCGCCUGUCACGAGGCCAAUAAACUGAUGCUGCUCUGUU